AUGUAUGGAAGCUGCCUUUUGGAAAAAGAAGCGGGCAUGUACCCAGGCACUCUCAGGAGCCCUGGAGGAGGCAGCACAGCCAGGGUGGGUACCUCUGGGGGUAGUGGUAGUCCGCUGCCUGCCUCCAACUUCACUACGGCCCCAGCUUAUCCACACUACAUGGGGUACCCUCAUAUGCCUAACAUGGAUCCUCAUGGGCCGUCGCUGGGAGCCUGGAGCUCACCCUACAGUCCGCCCAGGGAAGACUGGAGUACAUACCCUGGGCCGUCCAGUACGAUGGGCACAGUGCCCAUUAACGACAUGACCUCGAGCUCUCCGGUUUUCGGCUCACCAGACUACAGCAAUCUGGGCCCCACCAGUGGCGCAAGCAACGGUGGUAGCCUGCCAGCCCCGGCCAGCGAGUCACUGGCCUCCAUCGACUCGGGCACCGCUGGUGCCAGUUCUCCCAGCAGGAGCCGCCACAGCCCCUACGCGUGGAUGCGCAAGACUGUGCAGGUGUCCGGGAAAACCAGAACAAAAGAAAAGUAUCGUGUGGUUUACACUGAUCAUCAAAGGCUGGAGCUGGAAAAGGAAUUUCACUGCAAUAGAUACAUCACCAUCCGGAGGAAGUCAGAGCUGGCAGUUAACCUGGGCCUUUCUGAGAGACAGGUGAAAAUCUGGUUUCAGAAUCGCAGAGCCAAGGAGAGGAAGAUGAUCAAGAAGAAAAUCUCCCAGUUUGAGAACAGUGGAAGUUCCGUGCAAAGUGACUCUGGCUCCAUCAGCCCUGGGGAGCUGCCUAACACGUUUUUCACCACUCCAUCCGCUGUCCGUGGAUUUCAGCCAAUUGAGAUACAACAAGUCAUAGUCUCCGAAUGAAACAAGAGCAGGAAACAGAAGCACCCUUCCCAUUGCAGUGUCUCUCUGGCCUCUAAGAUAAGAGCAGGGCAGUUGAGAUUGGAUGUAACUCUUUAGAAGGCAGAAUUCCAAAUAAGUGGACACACAAUGAGUUGCAGAGAUUUUAGAAGUCUCUAACGUUCAGAAACUAUUCCCAGAUAAUUCCUAUUCUACGCUGUUCUAUGUGGGCCUGGGCAGGAAGCUCAGUGAUAAGUUUUGCUACUUAAAGUCUAGACUCACGAGCCCUUGCAACUUUCUUCACAAUUUCAGAAACUUGCUUGUGAACAGAUUUUAAAACACAGUCCUGCCCAGAGGCACAUGUACACAUAUGUUCU